AUGAGAGGUCACGAAAAGGCAAACCGAUCAAGAAGUUCUGAAGCACGCACUUCCUCGAACAGGUGUCGAAUCAUGUUGAACGUUUUUAAAUAUCCGGCGAUAAAUCAUCUUGUUCUUCUCUUCCUUCUUUUAGUGUUUAUCAACAAAAGUUUUACAUAUUCUGUGACAGGCUCUGUUUAUCAACAAAAGUUUUACAUAUUCUGUGACAGACUCGUAAAACCCAACAUCGCACUUGAGUGUGUGAAAAUGAACGUCUUCAUCCGACGCAGUCGAGUUCUUAUCGUUGUUUUAUUGCUUAUCACCGUUUUGCUUUAUUUUUAUUGGAAAUCGAAUCUAUCAAUUCGUUCACUGACGAACAAACCAAGAGCAACACUGACAUUUUGGGCAAGUAAUUUACAUCAUGGGUGUCGCGUUGACACAGCCACACUGCUUCAAGGUCUCAAUCAAGAAAUAGUCAUCGCAGAUCAUUUCCAAAGAAAUAAUUAUUAUCGUUCAGCACUCACUCGUCCUCACAUCUUGUUUGCUGGUGAUCAACGUGCACUCGCACCUUUUCUGCGUUCUCACAUAACUCACAGUGAUUCACUUGCAGAAAAAGAUAUACAAGACUUUUUCAAUUAUUAUCACAAAGAUCCUCUGAUGCUUCGUGUGAAUGCAUUUUUUUGUUCAUUUCCAUCCUCGAUGUGUGAGAUCUACAUGCCUUUCAAUCGAACGAUUAUUUGGCUACCAGCACAUCGAUUCACUCUCGGCCGAUGUUCACGAGCAGAAAUUGAUCGACUCAUUCUACACAUGCAACAAUCUGUUCGACCUGAACAACAACAACCAAAACAUUUCAUUGCAGCCGGUGGUCGUUAUGAUCAAGAAUACAUCAAAUACUAUACAGGCUUAGAUUCAAUUCUGUUACCAGUCAAUUCACUCUGGUACGCAUUUAAUGUAACAAAGUUCACUCAAGCGAGGCCAGAAAUCUUGCUCGGACCCUUACAGAAAGCUGGACAUCCUUUUAUUAUCAAUAUGACUGCAGCUGCUCAAGCCCUUAACUCAUCAUUUCGAUUCGCAACAGCUAAAAGUCUCUAUAAACAUUACCAACUACAACAAAUUACAGAUCAUCGUGCUGUUGUUCUCUUACCUUAUGCUGUGCUCAGUUAUGGCAUCACAGAAUUGUAUGCAUUAGGAGUGCCAAUCUUCAUUCCAUCGAUUGACUUCAUUGUUAAACUCAAGGUUGUUUCUGAUCGAACAUUGAUUGAUCCAUUUUAUUGUGGGCGCAAAAUGAAGUUCACAGACAUGCCAAAGCAACAUCCGAAAUCUAAUCAUCCAUACUCACCGGAAGAUGUUCAAUCACCCGAAGCUAUCGCCUAUUGGCUACAAUUUGCAGACUAUUAUCAACUGCCACAUAUUCAGACAUUCUCAUCGUGGAUCGAUUUGAUCGAUAAACUAUCGAAAACUGACUUCAAGAUGGUUCAUGAGAAGAUGUACCAGGAAAAUUUGAGAAGAAAAGCAGAUUUGACAAUGAAAUGGGAGUCACUCUUUGCCCAGAUUGAUCCGAAUCAGAGAAUCAUUCCUGGAGACUAUGCUACAGCAAUUAAACAGCUGUGGAAUACUUCACAGUUACAAGUAUUUUAA